ACUGGCUCACUCCCCCCGCCAGCGGAAGCGCCCGCGGAGCACAAUGCAGCACUGAGGCGGCAGCGCGGUGGAGGCUGCAGCGCCGCGGCUACCGCAGCAGCGGCCACCGCAGCAGCGGCCGGGGAGGGGGCGGCCGAGGAUAGCCGGGGAGCGCCGAGCGAGGCAGCCGGCCUGGGCGCACGGGGCAUGAGGAGCUGAGCGUCUCGGCCAGGCAGGCUGACAGCUGCACCAUGCAGGCGGCUGCGGCUGCGUGCGUGCCCUUCUUGCUGCUCUGCGCCCUGGGGACUUGCCCCCCGGCGCGCUGCGGCCGGGCAGGAGACGUCUCGCUGGCAGAGCUGGAGAGGAGAAGAGACAACCGCUUCUUGGAGCGCCAGAGCAUUGUACCCCUGCGCCUGGUCUACCGCUCAGGCGGCGAGGAUGAGACCCAGCACGAUGAGCUCAACACGCGGGUACGGGGUGACCCUGGGGGACUGCAGUUGGCUCACGUUGACCAGGCCAGCUUCCAGGUUGAUGCCUUCGGAACAUCCUUCGUUCUCGACGUCGUGCUGAACCAUGAUUUGCUGUCUUCUGAGUAUGUGGAGAGGUUCGUUGACCAUGGAGGAAAGACUGUGGAAGUGAAAGGAGGAGAGCACUGUUACUACCAGGGCCGUAUCCGAGGAAACCGAGCCUCAUUCGUUGCCUUGUCAACCUGCCACGGACUCCAUGGGAUGUUCUAUGACGGGAAGCACACGUAUCUCAUUGAGCCAGAAGAAAAUGAGACAGCCCAAGAGGAUUUCCACUUCCAUUCCAUUUACAAGGCCAGGCUGUCUGAAUUUCCUUUGGAUGAUCUGCCAUCUGAAUUCCAGAAAGCAGACACCAGUCUGCCAAAAUUUACUUUCAAGUCAAGACCAAAAAGGAGCAUACAGCAGCAUCUUCGACAUCCUCGUGAUGUAGAAGAGGAAACCAAGUACAUCGAGCUGAUGAUUGUGAACGACCAUCUUAUGUUUAAAAAGCACCGGCUCUCUGUGGUACACACCAACACCUAUGCAAAAUCUGUAGUGAACAUGGCAGACUUGAUAUAUAAAGACCAACUUAAGACAAGGAUAGUAUUGGUUGCCAUGGAAACCUGGGCAGCUGACAACAAGUUCGCCAUAUCUGAAAAUCCAUUGAUUACCCUACGUGAGUUUAUGAAAUACAGGAGGGAUUUUAUCAAAGAGAAAAGUGAUGCAGUUCACCUUUUUUCGGGGAGUCAAUUUGAGAGUAGCCGGAGCGGGGCUGCUUAUAUUGGUGGGAUUUGCUCGUUGCUGAAAGGAGGAGGCGUGAAUGAAUUUGGGAAACCGGAUUUAAUGGCAGUUACCCUUGCCCAGUCAUUAGCCCAUAAUAUUGGUAUUAUCUCAGACAAACGAAAGUUAGCAAGUGGUGAGUGUAAGUGUGAGGACACCUGGUCAGGAUGCAUCAUGGGCGACACUGGCUAUUAUCUUCCUAAAAAGUUCACCCAGUGUAAUAUCGAAGAGUACCAUGACUUUCUGAACAGUGGAGGUGGUGCCUGCCUUUUCAACAAACCUUCCAAGCUUCUUGAUCCUCCCGAGUGUGGUAACGGCUUCAUCGAAACUGGAGAGGAGUGUGACUGUGGGACUCCUGCUGAAUGUGUCCUAGAGGGGGCUGAGUGUUGCAAGAAAUGCACAUUGACUCAAGACUCUCAAUGCAGUGAUGGUCUUUGUUGUAAAAAGUGCAAGUUCCAGCCUGUGGGGACCGUAUGCCGAGAAGCUGUGAACGAUUGUGACAUCCGUGAAACGUGCUCAGGAAAUUCAAGCCAGUGUGCCCCUAACAUUCAUAAAAUGGAUGGCUAUUCAUGUGAUGGUGUUCAGGGAAUUUGCUUUGGAGGAAGAUGCAAAACCAGGGACAGACAAUGCAAAUAUAUCUGGGGACAGAAGGUGACAGCAUCAGACAAAUACUGUUACGAGAAACUGAACAUCGAAGGGACCGAGAAGGGUAACUGUGGGAAAGACAAAGACACAUGGAUUCAGUGCAACAAACGGGAUGUGCUAUGCGGUUACCUUUUGUGCACUAACGUUGGGAACAUUCCACGGCUUGGAGAGCUCGAUGGUGAAAUCACAUCUACUGUGGUUGUGCAGCAGGGGAGAACAUUAAACUGCAGUGGUGGGCAUGUCAAACUGGAAGAAGAUGUGGAUCUUGGCUAUGUGGAAGAUGGGACGCCUUGUGGUCCCCAAAUGAUGUGCUUAGAGCACAGGUGUCUUCCUGUGGCUUCUUUCAACUUUAGCACUUGUCUAAGCAGUAAAGAAGGCACUAUUUGUUCAGGAAAUGGAGUUUGCAGUAACGAGCUCAAAUGUGUGUGUAACAGACACUGGACAGGCGCUGACUGCAGCACUUACUUCCCACACAACGACGGCGUAAAGACUGGUCUCACUUUGUCUGGUAAUGGUGUAGCUGGCACCAAUAUCAUAAUAGGCAUAAUUGCGGGCACCAUCUUAGUGCUGGCCCUGAUAGUAGGAAUAACUGCCUGGGGCUAUAAAAACUAUCGCGAACAGAGACAGUUACCCCAGGGAGAUUAUGUAAAAAAGCCUGGAGAUGGUGACUCUUUUUAUAGCGACAUUCCUCCUGGAGUCAGCACAAACUCAGCAUCUAGUUCUAAGAAGAGGUCUGCUUUUCUGUCGCAUUUUCAGAUUUCUACCUGUUCCAUCCCACAUUAUUCCAUUAGUCAGAACAUUUCAUUAUUUUGCAGCAGGUCCAAUGGGCUCUCUCAUUCUUGGAGUGAAAGAAUUCCAGACACAAAACAUAUUUCAGACAUCUGUGAAAAUGGACGACCUCGCAGUAACUCCUGGCAAGGUAACCUGGGAGGCAACAGAAAGAAAAUCAGAGGCAAAAGAUUUAGACCUCGAUCUAACUCAACUGAGUAUUUAAAUCCAUGGUUCAAAAGAGACUAUAAUGUAGCUAAGUGGGUAGAAGAUGUGAAUAAAAACACUGAAGGACCAUACUUUAGGACUCUGUCUCCUGCCAAGUCUCCUUCAUCAUCGACUGGGUCUAUUGCAUCCAGCAGAAAAUACCCUUACCCAAUGCCUCCACUUCCAGAUGAGGAGAAGAAAGUGAACCGACAAAGUGCCAGGCUAUGGGAAACGUCCAUUUAAGAUCACCUGUUUACACGUGACACAUCGAAACUGUUUACUCCAACUUUUAUAGAAACCCAGCCUCACGGAAUCCCUGCAGAUCUGUCUGCCCUUCAGAGACUCCCUGAGUAGCCACCGGGAGGGGAAGCCAAAUCUCACAUCUGGAUAAUUUUUUUUUUCUCCAUUGGCGGAACUGAACUGAACCAUG